UCAAUUUGUAAUUUUUUACAAAUUGCAAGACUUCCACCGUGUAGUUUGCUCCUUAUCCAAGGACCGAGAACUUACGGAUAAGAUGAAACUACAGGAAAGCGGCUUCCAACUUCCAUCUUUUCUUCCACGUCUCUCUUACGAGAAGCAAGACACGUUGUUAAAGCUUCUCAUUUUGUCCAUAUGCGCUGUUUUGUGUAAGUAUCAUGUAAUUUAUAAACAAUCCCCUAUAUUAACUAGAGAAGUAGAUCGCGGUGAAAAUAGGUUUCAGUGAUGAAGGACUCCAUCGGUAAGAUUGUGAUCAUGCUAUGAAAAAUUGUUAUUAGUUUCAUAAGCAAAAUCAAACAAAACAUUCUAUGAUCUAAGUAUCGAAUACAUACCAAUCUGAAAUCACUGUUGUUCAUUUCCAGUUACAACAUGAUAAAAAACUUUUCUACUCCAUUGCUUUUCGUCAAAUAUAUAGAAUCAACCGAAAAUUCUACUUGAGUUUUUUUUCUGGAUACAGCAUUUUCUUAUUUAGGUGAUUGCUAUGUGUUUCAAUUUUUAUUCUUACUCAAGAAAAAUUGUAUUUAUAAGAUUUAUUUCUCUUAUUCGUUUGAAAACCUUUAUUUUUUUCAGCAUUCUCUACUAGGUUGUUCUCAGUAUUGCGGUUUGAAAGUGUUAUUCACGAAUUUGAUCCGUAAGUUAAAAAAUAAUGAUAUUUUUGAAGGAUCUGAUUCACAGGGUAUAUUAAUAUUGUUUUGUCUAGGUUAUCAGUAUUUGAGGGACUCUAAAUACAAAACAGUCUCGACAUUGUUACAGCCUCGAAACAAGCAGAAUAUAAAAAUUAUGCUCUCAGAAAUUUUACACCCCUUUAUUUUUGCUUAUGGCAUGUAAAAGUACACCAGACUGACUGAUUAGCCAUAAAGUCAAGUUGACAGAAAAAUUGCCAAGUUAAUUGUUGCUUUUUAUAGAAUCUGGUUAAAAAAAAUUCCUCUACGGUUUGAUCCCAGCAUCUGAUCUGCUGCAAUAUUCAGUUGGUGCCUAUAGUAACUAUUUAAUUGAGAAGUGGGACAGUUCUAAUUUUUUUUCUAAGAGUGUCCCAUUUUAGCUUCUGACUGUAAGUCACGUUCUCCUUGUAUUGCUCUCAUGCAACACUAUUGCUGAGCCAGUAAGGUCCAGCUCAAAUGUCAAACUUUUCAUGUGCCAAACUUAAUAGUUAUCUGGGUUGACCCAGAUGAUGUUAGUUCGACAGUUGAUUCAGACGUUCUUCUUAAUUCGUUGAACGUAAUUCCUUUUUCGAUGUACAAUGGUCUACCAUGUUUACCAGUAAAAAUAUAAUUAAUUGUAGUAAUUUAUGCAUUAGGUUUGGCACAUGAAAAGUUUGAUGCUUAAAACCAAGUCACUAUGUGGUCAAAGUUCCUAUGGGAUGUGAGCCACUCAAACUUUAUUCAUGGGUCAACCCAAAUUCGAUACUUGUAUGUGGGACUUAAUUGAUUCAAACGUCGAACUUUUCAUGUACUUAGUUAAAGGGGUUAGGUUUGGUACAUGCAGGCCUAAUGUAAGUGUUUUUGUUUUUUUUUCAAAUUCAAUGUAUUUUAUUCCAGAAUCUAUUUUGUUGAAUAUUCAAGGCACUUAUGCAGUGAUAAGAAGAAGAAGAAGAAAAUAAAGGAAAAUAGAAUCAAAACAACACCCUAGCUUGUCAGUUCCCAGCCCACUAACAAUAUGACAUUUAACCCUUUAAAUCCAAAUAUUCAAAUACCAAUUCUCCAGACUGAUCUCCAUACAUUUCCUUAAAGAAUUGGUUAUGAGAAUUUAUUUGUAGAUCAAAGCUCUGCCCAUCAGGUGAUCAUUUCACUAAUUUUCACAGCAUUUUCUCUUGAUUAUGUAUUGAUUUUGUUAGGAGAAAAUUGACUUUGUUCACUCUUGGGUCUUAAAGAGAUAACUGCCAACUUGAAUCAGGACAGCCCUGAGUACUGUAGUUUGCGGGAGUGAUGACUGUCUUUCAGUCAAUAAGAUAAUUGAUUUGGAUAUAUGUCGUAUCCACUUAGAAGAGUAUCACAAACCAGUUUUUGCACUUUUGUCAGGUUUAUUCUGCCUACUGUAAUUUCCUUAUUACACUUCUUAAACGCUGAAUACUCCGAGCGAGAGGGAGCGUCAAAAAACCUUGUCCAUUUUUCCCCUGUCUUCAUGUCUAAUACCGCUUAUAUAACCUAAAAUAUCCUCAAGGGACUAAAUUAACACUAGGUAAUUUGCACAGUAACGCCGGCUGUGGGCAGAAUGCAAAACAAUAAUAGUUUUUUUUUAUGUGAGCUCUUUUUUCAUUAAAAAUAUUAUUAAAUUUUGAUUGUUAUUAUUUCCAAACGUAAUAAGACAGUGGUUUUUAGUAUAGAGUUUAUAGGUUAUGAGUAGCUAUGGUAACCCUUCCAGGGUACUAUUAAGCUUUCACAUGACAAUAAUGUGCAUGCAUAUAUUAAAGCCAGGUGUCUAAAUAUUACUUAGCUAAUAGAUCCUUCUCUUUUGAUUUUCUUUAUUAACACUGAAUGUUUUCAGGCCACUUUUGUGAAUGUUAAUUUAGUUUCUUCCAUAUCAAUUUUAAUUUCUAUGUAAUUUUCUCUACUUUUUUAGUAUUUUAUUUUAUAAAUUUUGUAAAACUUGAAUAUACAUGUAUGUUGUGGUUCAAUUCAAGCCUUGGUUUGCAGCUAUAUAUGAUAUUAGUAUAUACACACUCAGUGAUCUUGGCAAUUCAAGCAAUCUGAUUGGUUAGCUAUCUCGGACUAUGACGUUAUAUUCACCGCGCUAGGCGGUGAAUAUAAAGCCGAACAAAAUCGCUGUCGUGAACUGGGUGUUUUGCCAAAGUUUCAAAGUAAAACCUUUUUGAAAAUACACGAAUAUCCAAGUGCUGAUGACUUUGAAGGCAAGAAAAGACUUCAUGGUGUUUAAACAGCGUGAUUUAUUGUGAAGUGGUUUACUUUAGCUGACUUUUUGUACGCUCGAAGCUAUGUUUACCACUUCAGAGGAAAACGAGGUCGCUUUGUCACUGUUUUGUGAUUUCGGGAUUUUCUCGCAAGACCAAUUUUGCCUAUAAAUAGAAGUUAAUUUAUGGAGAAGAGAGGAAGGCAAAUAUUUUCGAAAAUUGUACGUGCCAGCAAGUUAACAAGGCAAAGAACUUUGGAGAUAAACAACGCUCACCUUGAUCGCAGCCGCUGUUGACAGCAUUUGCAAGAAGCGACGAAGAAAACUUUCUCAUUCACGGUGAGUUGACAGAAACAAAUAAAGCUCUAGAUACUUUUCUUCUCAGAAUUGGGUAGUAAUUUAAAUUUUCGGCGUUUUCUUUUAAACCGUUGAUGCUAAAGCUUACAAAACUCGAUACAAAAGGAUUAAAACUAUCAUUUGCCAUGUUUGAAGAUACUGUAAAGAUCUAACUUUUGCGCAUCCACUGUUUACGGCUUCGUGUUCACGCAUGAAUUUUCACCCGUCAAUCAAACUAAUCGUUUUUUAAUGGUUUCCUUUCUGAUUCUGUUGAGAUCACUUCGUGUGAAUAUACUAAAACAAUUAUUCACCUCAGGCUCAGUUAAUAUUGUUGAAUAAUCCCCUCGACUUCGUCUCGGGGAUUAUUCAACAAUAUUAACUUCGCCUUCGGCGAAUAAUUGUUAAUUAAAUGAAUUUGAAACAAAGGAAGAUAUAAACCAAAACAACGUUUACAAUAAGUGCAACUCUUUAGUUUUUUAAAGAUUGUAAUCAUGGUGUGUUUUUCAGGUACUUCAAUUAUAGAACUACAAAGUUUUUAGCUGAAGAAGGAUUUUACAAAUUCCAUAACUGGUUUGAUGAUCGAGCAUGGUAUCCUCUGGGAAGAAUUAUUGGUGGCACAAUUUAUCCAGGUAAAAAUAGAAGAAGCAUUACUGUUUAAACUAGUAAUAACCAAAGGUUAACAAGUGAGCAGUGGUCGACACCGACCAAAGGUCAAAACACGCAUGAUCAGAUUACGUGAUCAGAUUGCCUUCUGGGCAUUUCAUUCAUUGUUAGUGGGAGUCAACUAGAAGCUGGCUAUUUUGGUGCCGUGCAUGUGCAAUUAGCCACCCGGGCCGAGUUGUUUGAAGCUGGGUUAAGAUAAUCCAGGGUUAGUGCGAGAUUUGAAUUCAGAUUUGAAAGCUUAAAAAGCAUUUCAGUUUAUCUUCUUUUUGUCUACAAGUUGAUGAUUGGAAGCUCUAAAAAUAAUAGAGAAAAUUGUCUGAGAAAAUGCUUUUGAAAGCAAGAAAAAGGAACCAGCGUUAAUUUUAACCCCAGGUUAAGCGCUAAUCGGCCUUCGAACAACUGGGCCCUGGAGAUUAGAAUUGCAGGCUCCUCUUGUUCAUUUACUGAUGCGAAAAUACAUCUUCACCAGAUUGAUUUCAGUAAGCCAGCAAGACUUUGCAAAAAUUUGCCUGAAUCUCCUAGAAAUAUGACAGCAUAAAAAGCCACUGGGCAAAGAUUGUCCUUAGUUUAUAAAAUGAUAUUGUAGAUGUAUUGUACAUAUAGACCUGUGCAUAUCAGCAGUGUUUUUUAAUCAAUAUUUUUAAUGUUUUUAUAGGUCUGAUGGUUACAUCAGCUGUAUUGUAUCAUGUGAUGAAUUUCUUCCACAUCACCAUCGAUAUCAGGAAUGUCUGCGUAUUUCUUGCCCCUCUGUUUUCAUCAUUCACAACACUCGUAACAUAUCACCUCACCAAAGAACUUAAGGUAGGCUGUCCGAGAUUUUACAAUUACCUGAUAAUCACUAACUCAAACUAUUGAGACAGAGUUCUUUUGUGAUAAAAAUAAGUGUGAUAGAAAAUUUCCUCAGAAUGUAAGUGUCCCUAUUGGUGCACCACUUGUGAUUCUGCCAGAAGAUUGACAUGCUAAUAAAGUUGAUGAUUGACUGAUUGAUUAAUUGAUUGAUGCUUGGAUGCCCAGUCUAAGGUGAAUUACAACUAGUCUCUGUCUAUCAACAGACUCCUUAAGAAAAGUUUAGUAAUGCAGGUCCAUUCUGCAGUCAUUUUGUUUACAUUUAUGUUUAUACUGUAUUUUUUUCCUACAGGAUGCCAGUGCUGGAUUAGUUGCAGCUGCAAUGAUCUCCAUUGUUCCUGGUAAUAAAACAAAAUUAUUCAUUCUCUGGCUUCACUUUUCUAAUACAUCAGCAUUAAUCUAAAAGUACCUAGGUAAAUUGUUUGUAUAAGACGCUGUAUCUUAUCAUCCACUAGAAAGUCUAGCCAACUGCAGAUGUCAUUACAAAGGCAGUGAGUGUUGGUCCAGCUUAGGUUUGAACCAACAGCCUACUGCUUGGCACACCGGCACUUAUCCAAUCAAGCUGACCUCAAGCAAUAACAAUCCUUUGCUUUGUUUUAAUGAGACUCGUGGUCUUCUUUUUAGGUUACAUCUCUCGUUCUGUUGCUGGAUCAUAUGACAAUGAAGGCAUUGCCAUCUUCUGCAUGUUGCUGACAUAUGCACUCUGGAUCAAAUCUGUCAAGACUGGCUCACUGUUCUGGUCGACCAUGUGUGCUCUGGCCUAUUUUUACAUGGUUAGUGAUAAUCACCUUUUUCACCUUUUUCAAUGAAUGAAUAUCCUUAAGUUAAACAUGAUCAGUAUUAUAGGAAGUAAAGCUGCUUGUUACACUGUAAUAAGCAGACUACGUUGAAUCACAUUAAGGCAACAAAAAGCCCCCAAAAAUGAUGAUUUGCUUCAAAAUCGUCUCAGUAUCGUCAUCACCAUCACCUUUAUUUAACCUCAGAUUUACAGUGUAGCUCUUGAAGCUAAUAUCUCUGAGAUAGGAGAAAAGGAAAAAAAAUAUAGUAAUAAUAAUCCUAAAAGAAAAGAAAUAGAAAGUAGUAGAAAACAAAAAAUAAGAGGAAAUACAGUCUAAUUAAAAGAAUUUAACUACCUAUUACUAGUUGUAUUAUUACAUAAACCUCAAAACAGUUAACAACUAAAAUGUUUGUUGUUAUGGACAUCCACUUAAUUGCUGACUUUAUUUGAUCACACAACUUGAAAGAAACAUCAUGAAACUCAGUAACGUUCAGCUUUGAAGGAGGCAAAGUAGUAAUGCAUGCAUAAUUUGGUAACUUUUCCCUUUAUCAGGUUUCCUCCUGGGGCGGAUAUGUUUUCCUGAUCAACUUGAUUCCUCUUCAUGUUUUGGCUCUGAUGGCGACUGGCAGGUUCUCGCACAGAAUCUAUGUUGCUUACUGCUCUGUAAGUACAUGAUUUAUGUAAGCAGUUAAGUGGUUCGUUUUUAAAGAAACUGUGGUGAGCUGCAAUGGCAAGGGAGUGAAAUGAAAAAAAAAAACAUUGGUGUUGUCAUUGAGUUGUCAAUUUCCUUCCAAGGGGAUGUUCCACUUGUCAGAUUGGCCAUUUUCAUUGACUUCACCACUUUACAAGGAGCACCUCUUGUAAUCUCAUUUAAAUUUUUGCCAAGCCUCUGGCAAUUUUUUGCCAGAUUUGCCAUUUUCACCACAGGGCUGUCAUUAGCUUUCUAGGCAGCUGUAGCAGUUAAGGAUUCACUCGUAACAUCUCACAAAAAUUUAUAGUGCCACAUUUGGCUUUCCAUGCACUUUGAUCACCCGUAACAUCAAGCAAGCUCAGCCAUAACAGGUGUUACAGGUUACAGCCCUUAUCGAAGGCUCUGCACCAUUGUGUGUAUAAUUUCUGGAGAUAAGAGUUCUCGCCACCGUGCAAUCCCUGCUCCUGUUGAUUGUGAUCUCUGUGGUCCUUGUUACACUGUAUCCAAUAUCCAGCUGUCAGAUAUUUUGUUGUUAAGAAUAGCAAAUAAUUGUUAUUUCCAGGUUUAUUGCUUGGGGACCAUUCUGUCAAUGCAGAUCUCCUUUGUUGGAUUUCAGCCGGUACAAUCCAGUGAACACAUGGCUGUAAGUUUUGUUCUGCAUGUAAAACAAUGCUGACUGACUUUUCAGUUUUGCCAGAAACUCAUAAUGGCCUCCUUGCAGGCGUUUCCCUCCCUCCCUCCCCCCUCCCCCCUCCCCCCUUCCCCCCUUCCCCUCCCCUUCCUCCCCCCUCCCUUCCUCGCGCGUCCCUUGCAUUUCUCUCACGCCCCAAAUCCCCUUUUCCUUUCCCUUCGAACGCCGGCUACGCGGGCUAAGUUUCCGGUUUUACUAGAUACAAACGCGCACUUGCGUUUCCUGCUAGCGGAGUCUACUUUCCGUUUCGUAUUGGCGAGAGGAAGCAGCCUACUUUCUCUCACCAAUAAUAAACGGACUCUGCAAGCAGGAAAGCGCCUGUGAUGUAAAUAAAGUGAUAAGUUUUGUAUGCCUGAAUUUUCAAACCUUCGUUCUCUGCAGGCCUUUGGCGUGUUUGGCCUCUGCCAGAUCCAUGCUUUUGUGGAUUACGUCCGUGCGCGCAUGCCCAGAGAACACUUCCAACUCCUAUUCAAAACAGUGGUAGCGGUAGCAGCCGUUGGUGUCUCGACUGUUGGUGGCAUCCUAACCUUCACUGGCAAAAUCUCACCCUGGACUGGGCGUUUCUACUCACUGUUGGAUCCAUCUUACGCUAAGAACAACAUCCCUAUCAUCGCUUCCGUUUCUGAACAUCAGCCCACGACGUGGUCUUCGUUCUACUUUGAUCUUCAGCUCAUGGUGUUCAUGUUCCCUGUUGGCUUAUACUACUGCUUUUACAAGCUCACCGACGCCAAUAUUUUUAUCAUCAUGUAUGGCGUUACUAGCAUCUAUUUCGCCGUAAGUAGAGAUUGGUUAUUGAAAAUACGAUGGUUUAAUCACAGAUUAUACUUUAAGCUGUUUUGAAAUAACGCGCGAGACUGUGUCAGGGUUGGGACGAAUUGCACCAUAAGACUAUUUUGAGGACUCCGUUCUACUAGGGAGUUAAGCAACGACAACUGGGACGGCAACGAGAACAGCAAAAAGCAAUAAGUUUAGAUUAGCAAAAGAACAACUCUGGGCGUGCGUCAAACAUUUUUGUACACUUCUUUGCCGUCACUGCACGACUACGACGUGAAAGUGCCUUGUUUUAGGUUUUGGGGAAGACGAACACACGACAGCAAUUUUUUAUUCUUUUCCUGAACUUCGAUACAGUCUUAAAGAAUUCCAGUCCAGAAAAAUUUGCCAACAUUUGACGAAUUGAACGAGAUGGAAUAAGCGCGAUUAACUUUGAGACAACGCGAACACACUUGUAAACUGACGUUUCCGUAGCCGUCGCCGUCGUUUUUGCUUAAGCUCCCUAGGGGCGUUAAGAUGCGAAGACGGUGACGACAACAAAAACGUCGCUUAAAAACUGAAUUCGCGUUUUUUCAAUCUUCAUCGCGAUUAUUCUUUUUCACCUAAUUUGUCAAAUGUAGGCGAAUCCUUCAGAAGCUGAAUUCCUGAGAACCCUAUCCAAGUCCAGAGAGAGAAAGAAAAUUUCAUCGUGGCUUGUUUACAGCCUCCAUAAAACGUGAAUUUAGGCAUUUUCUACGUCGAAGUACAUGUUGAACAAUGCCAUCAUGGGAUUUUAAAGGUUUAUAUGUGACAUGCUUGCAGCAAACUGCUAGGAAAGUCGAACUCGUUGAAAAAUAUGUUCGUACAGCCUUGUUCCCUAUUAGCGUUGGCGAGUUAGGAUGUAACGUCACCCAUCAUCGAAUGCACGGUUCCAAACAUCCUGCGCCCCCUCGCAUAGCGCGAAUUUGUCUAGGGAAAUGUCUUAUAUUGUUUCGUCAUGUCACGUGAAAUGAACCAAGAACGCUUUUUGUCUCUUAACAAUCGAACGGCCGGGCACAGAACACUGUUCAGGCGCUCUGUCAAACGAACUAAAGAGAGACUGUACGAUAAAUGUACUUCCUUCCGUGACUUCGGACCGAUAAGUUUUAACACAACUUUUUUUUUUCGGGUUUUGGAUACUGAUUACUUUCUUUGUUGUUGCUGUAUUUCAGGGUGUGAUGGUUCGUCUGAUGUUAGUGUUGGCUCCUGUGGCUUGUAUCUUAUCAGGAAUAAGUGUAUCUACUGUCCUUACAACCUACAUGAAGGUACGGUGUUCAUUCUAUCCCUCUUAUUGAGUUCCUUGUGGAUUUCCUGUGCAAAAAAAUUACUUUCCCAGAAACGGAUAAUGAUCCGGGCAUUCUGGCUUUAUGGUCAGCGGCUGUUCGUUGCUUAUUUAUAAAUGUUGUUACCACUGAGGUUGGUUGUUCGUGUAAAUUGCAAAGACAUUCCGCAUGCAGCAAAAGGAAGUUCCACCUUUCCACCUGACCUAACUUAUCAGACGCGCUGUAUCGGAUGAUUAGCCGGUAAUGUUUAAUCGAAAACAGUGGUGCAUGUGUUUCUUUUCUGUAGAAUCUGGACAUUUCUCGUCGCGACCGAAAAACUGCGAAAAAACCAGAUCCAACCUACCCGAUCAAAAACGAGGUUGCUACUGCCAUGGUUGGCCUGAUGGCAUUAUUGCUUGUCACUUACACAUUCCACUGUACCUGGGUUACCUCUGAAGCGUAUUCUUCGCCAUCCAUCGUGCUAUCGGCUAAACAACACGACGGUUCCCGAGUCAUCUUCGACGAUUUCCGUGAAGCUUACUACUGGCUCCGACAAAACACUCCCGAGGUAACUUGAUCGUGCUAUUUUGCUACUCGCAUGCUUUUACGCUUUUGUAAACUUCACCGUAUAGUUUUUAAUACCGAGCUGAAAAGCUGUUGUCGAGGUGUCUGCUUGUUUUGUGAAUGAUUUUUGUCGUCGUUGUUUUUUUGGAGGGGGAAUAAAAUAAUGCAACUGCGUCUAUACAUUGCAACGUCAAAAACGAAAGCGAAAGCCAGCGGAUGGGACUGAACCUGACUUCCUGCACUCAAUUUGCAGCUCUGUCAUUGGUCAAAUCGGUUUUAACACAUGUGCUCGCCUUCGUCACUGUUGUCACGUUCUCUUUGAUAAAUCUACCUAUUUAUUCAUACUCAACAGAAGAGCAUGGCCUCCCAAAUUUUUAUUUAUUUAUUCAUUUAUUUACUUUUAUUUGAUUACUUCAGGAAUCGAAAGUAAUGUCAUGGUGGGAUUACGGUUAUCAGAUAACAGCCAUGGCGAACAGGACGAUAUUAGUGGAUAAUAACACGUGGAACAACACGCACAUCUCCAGAGUUGGUCAGGUAAGACAGCAUGUGAUAAACACGUGUUUCUCCUUGCGAGGUAAUUACUCGAGGAACAACACACAAUUAGCCUUUGCAGCGCUUGGUCACGUGCGUAGAUACCACUAAGCAACGGCUCCCUGGAUGGAAGCAAGGAACUGGACGGAAGAAAUAUGAUUGGUUUAGCGACUGGUGACAAACUCGCGCCCCUCUUGGUUACUAUAGUGAACGCGCAAAGCCGAAAACGAAUGGAUUUGGCGGGAAAAUGUUGCUGUUUUUGUUUUAAGCUUUCUGAUAGGUCAGUCCAACGAAGCUGUUUAUAUAAAAGAAAAAGGUUUUUCAGCGAGAAAACAAAUACACAGCUUUAUUUAGCCCCCUUUUUAUAUUGUCUGGUGAAGCGUAUUUCAUGUUAUGUAUGUUACGGCUGGUUUUCGUAAGCGACGCAGUUGGAGUCGGAGUCGUAAGCGGACUUGUAAGAGCGCCCGUGACCUAGCGAAAAACAAAAAUGUGAGUCGUAAUUGGAGACGACGGAGUCGGAAAAAUCAGAACGUUUCCUUGUUCUUCCGACUCCAAUUAUGACUCUGUCGCUUACGAUCUAGUGAAAUCCAAGUCGGAGUCAAAAGCAGACGCGGAAGGAUAGACCAAUCACAAUGCUCAUUCCCACGUUUUGUGCGUGGUUUAGUUAUCCCGCUUCUGUAUGCGAUUUAGAGAACGUAGUUUUCACUAGAUCGUUAACCACGGAGUAAUAAGCGAAAUCGGAAGGCUGUUUUCGUUUGAUCAUAACGCUCCACGCUCCUUAUUGCGACUUCGUCUCUCCGUUGCCCCGGGAAGCCGGCCUUAAACGAAAUUGUUUGGUCGCUUUAUUUUUUUUCUACGCUCAAAUGUUAAAUUAAUAAUUGCAAGUCCAUAUCUAGUACCUACACUCCUACUUUACUGCAUGGUUUGUAGGCCUCGCUUGUGGACGACAAUAAGAGCCUUACUUCCAAACAUGUCAAGUCCCUUGUGACUUUUCCAUUGGGUCUCUUGGUUGAAGGCAACACACAUCAUUGUUUUCGUAGACAAACGUUUGGACGAUUUUCAAAGAUUGUCCGAAGGUAGUCCCACUAUCUUCUCCACUUGAGGGGCGAACUUUGGUGACUCGAACUAAUAGUUUAGCUCCUGAUGUCAUGACUUGAGGCAAUCCUGCCGCAUUUGUACGCCAUUUCCAAGUUCCAAAACUCCAGCUCACUUUCAAGAUGAGGCCAAGUGCGACACCUUUUGCGUGACAAUAAAAAAUCGCAUUCAUAUCCAACCCCUCCCACUUACGCCGACUUUCGCCCUAUUCGCCACUUCCACAUUUCCACAAUGCACCUUAUUUGCCUUCCCUCGCCUCCUCCCCCCCCCCCCCAAAAAAAAAAUGCUCCCAUACCCUUUUUUUUCACUUCCCCUGGAGUAUUUCACCGCUCCCAAAGAACAUUAAAACAAGGACUAAGCCAAAACGUGGGGGGCAAAUUAAGAAAGAGGGGGCAAAGGGCGCCCCCUUUUGCGGACAAAAAAAAAAUCCCAUUCAAUCCCCCCCCCCCCCCCUUCCCCCGCCUUCCCCCCUAUUCCCCCCUCCCCCUUUCCCCAAAUCCCCCUUUUUUCCCUCCCCCCCCCCCCCCCCCCCCCCCCCAAAAAAAAAAUUGUUGCAUAACCUUUGUUUUUCAUUUCUCCUGAGUAUUUCAGCCGUCCCAAGAGACAUUUAAACCAGUGCUUAUGCAAAACUUUGGGGGGCAAAUAAGGUGCGUUAUAGGAAAUGUGGAAGAGUCGCUUCCCUGAAAAAAAAGAACGCCUGAUCGCAGGUUACAUUUGCCCUCGUUUUAAAACAGAGGCUAGGGGUAACUCUUCCGUUUGGAUUUAAUCUUGAUGGACCUCAUUACCAUUUCAGGCUAUGGCCUCGAGUGAAGACAGAGCGUAUGAAAUCAUGCGAGAACUUGACGUGAAUUAUGUGUUGGUUAUUUUUGGCGGGUUGACUGGAUACGCCUCAGAUGGUGAGUACUUUUUACGGGACGCCAAGCAGCUGAUAGUUGCGUGAAAAGUAACGAUAGCCUGUGUACAGAUCCCCCCUCCCCUCAGGAAAAAUUCGAGAAGGAUGGGUGGGGUCUGUACACAGGUUAAGAAGCUAUAGUGAAAUGAACUCGAUCUAUUGUGACGUUUUGAAGCUUAAUUAAAAACCAGUAACUACAAAACGUAUUUUGAUCAGCACUGCCGUAGCUUGUUUUGAAGUCCUUUUCUAUUCCUAUUGUAAGCCUCCUCGGAUAUAAGCCCCUCCGUUUAUAAACCCUCCUAAAACGCCUUACGAAGACGGAUAAGCGCGCCGGCAGUUUACGGUAUGGCAGGUAGAGCAGAAACAUUCACUUACCCGCAGAAAACGCCUGCAAAGUAGCCUCAUUCUCAUCUAACUCACUGUUUUCUCACUGCAGACAUUAACAAGUUCCUGUGGAUGGUGCGUAUUGGCGGUAGCACAGAGAAGGGCCAGCACAUCAAGGAACACGAUUACUACACCUCCACUGGUGAAUUUCGUAUCGACAAAGGUGGUUCCCAGAUCCUGCUCAACUGCCUCAUGUAUAAAAUGUGCUACUACCGAUUUGGCUCUGUGUAUACCGAGCAAGGUGAGCCCAAAUAAUCAUUGCCUUUUAUUCCCGUAUCCUCCCCCUGUAUAGAUAGUCCUUCUAUAAUAUUUGCAGCGUUGUACGUUUCUAGGUCUAUUUUCGCGCCAAAUAGUCUGUCACCGUUUUGUAUGGCUAAUAGGUCAUUUUGGCGCCAAGUCGCAAUCUCCGCAAGGUCGUCGUUAAAUAUUUCCUGUAUGCACUCAAGCUCGUUCCCAGACUCGUCUCUCUGCUGUGGCGAGCGAAAAGAACCCUCCGCUCGUCAGGUAGUUUUUAGCUGACUCUGUUUUGUACUUUACGAAUACCCUUUUGCUUGUAGCGAAAGUAAGAACCAGCAUCAGCGUUAAAUAAACAGACUCUGUGAAUCAUCGUUAGAAUUAAAUAAACUCUACGGUGCUGUUAUUUGUUUCCUUUAUCAUUCCAACGUUAGUUUAUAUUUUAAUUUUUUGGUUUGAUUUAUUUGUAGGAAAACCAACUGGUUAUGACCGUGUGCGCAAUGCUGAAAUCGGAAAUAAGGUAUAGCAGCUUUAUUUACUUCGUCAAUUCUGAACAUUUCUGAGAUGACGUAACGAGAAUAGUUUUCAAUGUGUUAGGCCUAACUAAAGUAGCAAAUAAACAUUUGUUUCUGUUGGGCGCGGAAAACUACAACCGCCGACAUUUCGCGACGCCACCACCGGCGAAAUGACGUCCCUGAGAAACGACUGUAGAAAUUCCAUACUGAUUGGCUGCUUGUGCUGCGAGAGAACUUUACUUUAACCAAUAGGAAGCACUACCCAGAAGUGUGUAGUGACACGUCAUCAGUAUGGAAUUUCUUCAGUCGUUGCUCGGACGUCAUUUCACCGGGAAACCAGUAGUGGUGUCGCCACACGCGAGGAAGGUGACACGCGAAGGAAAGACUUCGAAAUCCUAUGUUGUUACCAUUUAGAGGACCGAAUUGUCUUCAGCAGUUCUUUCCCAUGGAACUAUAUAUUAAGUUGGUACUUCAACGUCUGAGUCUGUGGAUGAAAUUCUGUGACGUUACCAUUAUUUUCACUGUGUGCUAUUUGUUCUUUAGCAUUAACCCUUUAAACCCUAAGAUCAAAAUAUGAAUUCUCAUUUGUUGCCCCUAUUCAUUUCCUACAGAAGUAGUGGGGAGAAGUUGAUAAAAUAUCAAGCAAAUACAUCUUGUGUGAUCAUGUCUGUAAUUCUCAUGACCACUCUGUUUUACAAAGUAUUGAUAUGACAAGGAGAAAUUUGAUGCUGAUCACUCUAAGGGAUUAAAGGGUUAACAAAAUGGAAUCGGGCAAUUUUUUUAUUUUAAUUUUUUUUAUUGCAGUCACAUAGUCUAAUAAGUCUUUUUUUUUUUUCAUUGACCGGCAAUUUGUGAUGUUUCCCUCGUAGGAAUUCGAGCUGGACGUAUUAGAGGAAGCAUACACCACCGAGCACUGGCUUGUUAGAAUCUACAAAGUAAAGGAUCUGGAAAACAGAGGCUCCUAGAGUCCACAAGCUUGUUUUUUUUAAUACUAUUAUUGUGUAAGAUGCCAAUGCCUCUAACUGUUUCGAAUACACUAGUUAGACAAUUUUUGAGCAGCGAGUGAAUUAAAAAUAAAUUUAUCAGCCUUGU